GACUAGCACAGUAUGGAUCGCUACUUUCAAGAGUGAAAAAUGCAAACAGUGAAACUGAUAGCAUCCACGUCCACCGUUAUAGAAUAUAGCCUUAGAUGGCUCUUAUCAGAUCUUCUCAUUCGUAGGUUCAUUUCAAUUUUCUUGAAUUUAUGAAAGAGAUUCAGCAUGAAUCAUUUUAAAAUAGAAUUGAAGGAGUUAACCUUUUUGUAAAAGAUUAGACGUGGGAGAAAGUAUAUAAGUCAGAAAUCUAUUCACAAAGAAGUCAGAACAUUUACUUACUGAGUACCUCAGUUAGCAAUUUAAGACGUAGACAAAUCAGCGAAAAAGACAAUGACAUUGUUCAAAUCAUUCUUACUUCUUCAUGUUGCACUGUUGUCGACUCUAUGUCUAGCAGAUGGUGCACCACGAACCGCGAUUUUGAAUCAGGUCUUACGUUUAUUUACCGGUAAACAAAACAAGCCGGCAGCUGCUGUUACACAUCAAUCAGAAGUUGAUUUCACUCUGUGCAAAGUACAUUCUUACAAUCUCACAGUGGAACAUAAGAAAUGCAGACCGGAAAUAGUACCAUCACGUCAGUGCAGUGGUUAUUGCAAUUCUCUUUACGUACCUGGAAAUAAGGACACACUUAGCAUGUGUAAAAGUUGCAAGGUGAAAACAUUUCAUUGGGAAACAGUACAAUUACAAUGCCGAAAGGGAUCAAGAUGGAGAAUCAGGAAAUUUAACUACCAAGUCAUUGACUCGUGCGCUUGUAUUUUAUGUGACAAAUAAGAAUAACAAGAAAUUACUAUUUAUUUACGUAAACAUUUCUACUUUUGUUUAAAGGCAACCUCGUUUCCGGGCUUUUUGCCUUUUUGAUGAUUUUAGCUCUUUUGUAUAACAACUUCUUCUGUACUUCUGGUGUAUACAUUUAUGUAUCUGCUUGUUUUCGCGCAAAAGUACGGUGUUACUUUUUUAAGAUUUUUCAAACGGAGAAAGAAAGCUAUAGAAAAAGUUAAUUUCAAGAUAAUAUCUUGUAUUAACUAUACGACAAAUAGGAAUAAACUUACAUGAAUUAGUAGCCUCAUUUUUUCUGCUUAUAGAGCUAUAUACUAGAGAUGGUUAUUUUUAAAAAAUUUGCUUAGAAAAAUGGCCAGCCUCCUGUAAAACAAACGAUAUGCUAAUGAUAGAGACGGCUAAUUCCUAAGAUGAAUUUGAUUAGAACACAAACUUUACUGUUGGUG